CAAUAUGUUUAUAAUUCCAACUUCUGAUCUUCUUUGUCCAUUAUUGUAUAGCCAGUUUCAUAUGUAUAUUUUCCAUGUUGCGUUUUGCCCUGCGUUAAAAGGGCAGAGAUGCACGUGUAUGCAUUGAAAUUACGUGUUAAAUUGAAGAGGUUAACUACGGUUCCUGAACUUCCCAACUUCAAUUGCAGAUGUUGCGCCGUCCAAUCAAUUAAGUUAGAUCCAAUUUGUUUCGACCCAGUAUCCGACGACGCCUGUCACAUAUUUUCCCUCGUGUCAUUAUUCCAGAGCCACAAAGCCAAUACCAUCAAAAUCUUGGUUUCAAUCACACAUUACUAUUUCGUGGUUAAUCAGAACCUCAAAAUAAUGUCACCUCCUUCUAUGAAAUUUUCUCAGUAGGUCCUACUUCAAACCAGUCAUUGGAACAGAGAAACCUCUUGCUCCAAUUUAUCUUGGCGUAUUCUCCAUGGUUUUUCCAUCACAAACAUGUGAAGACAGCGCCUUUCGACAGACACUGCCCGUUACAAGAAUCACUGGUUGAGGUUGUUCAUUUACCAAUUUCCUGAACUGGGCAUGCUCCAAUUUCCACUGGGUCGCUCAUUUUGCUGAAUCUUGAAAAGUUGCGUGCCUCGCCGAGGCAAAUAGCCGAACAGUUGAAUGGCUUCAACAGGAUCCUUCCCCACUGGAGUCGACGGUUCUGCACUCCUUAACAUUGCGAAUCGUCGUCAACACGUGAUUCCUAUACUUGCAUUCCGGCCAAGAAAGCAUGUAGAGGUUGGGGGUAUUAGUGAUUGUAAUUCAGCUGGGUUUUCGAGAGAUUUGACUUUGAAUCUUUGUAGCCGAUUAUCUCAGUGCUGUGGACGCAAUGGCAGACGACGCAGGUGGACGACCCAGCUUGUAGAAGCCACGGGGGAGGCAGCUGAGGGAGGUGAAAGUGGUGAUGAGUCAGAUUCUUUACAGGCCACAAUUGACAAGAGCAUGAGCCAGGUUCUUGCGAUGCAAAAAGACCUUUUACAACAGAUUUCUGAAAGGAAGAAAUUGGUCUCAUCAAUAAAGAAUAGCAUAAUUGAUCAAGAAGGCAGUAAGCAGCGAUAUCUGGAGAGUGAUGUCCCUAUUUCCAUUGUUGAUGCUGCUGCAUCUAAAGAACUUGGAAAAGACCUUCCUGGCAAUGGAACUUCCUUUGCUGCCCGUCCCCAACAACACUUGGAAGCCACUACCUCUGGAGAUGUUCAAUCUGAGAAAGUGCCUUCUAUGCCUUUGAAAUUCUCUAUGACACCCAAUCUAGAGCCUUCUUCAAGUAAUGGUUCGUACAACAUGGAAUCAAAGAACACUACGGAGGUCAGAAUAUCUGAUACAAAGACUUCCAUGGAAGAAGAUUCAAACAAAAAGCUGAAGGAUACUACUGUAAAGACAGCCAUUCUAUCUGAUAGACCAUCAUGUGCGGAAGAUGAAAAGCAUGAAGAUGUGAAGGAGUCAAGUUCAGUAGAUGCAAAUGCUGAACUUGAUGAUCCCUCAAAUGAAGACGUGAAACCCCCUCCACUGGCUGGGGUCAACGUUAUGAACAUAAUAUUGGUUGCUGCUGAAUGUGCUCCUUGGUCUAAAACAGGUGGGCUUGGAGAUGUUGCUGGAGCAUUACCUAAGGCGUUGGCUAGGCGUGGACACAGAGUCAUGGUUGUUGCACCUCGGUACAGUAAUUAUCCAGAAGCUCAAGAUUCAGGGGUUAGGAAGAGAUAUAAAGUGGAUGGUCAGGAUAUGGAGGUAAAUUACUUCCAGGCCUACAUUGAUGGUGUAGAUUUUGUUUUUAUUGAUAGCCCCAUUUUUCAGCAUAUAGAGAAGAAUAUAUAUGGAGGAAAUCGGGUGGACAUUCUAAAACGCAUGAUUUUAUUCUGCAAAGCUGCUAUAGAGGUUCCUUGGUAUGUUCCAUGUGGUGGGGUCUGCUAUGGAGACGGAAAUUUAGUUUUCAUUGCAAAUGAUUGGCACACUGCCUUACUGCCAGUCUACCUUAAGGCAUAUUAUCAGGAUAAUGGGUUAAUGAAAUAUACAAGAUCAGUCCUUGUGAUCCAUAAUAUAGCUCAUCAGGGUCGUGGUCCUCUGGAUGAUUUUUCCUACGUUGAUCUUCCACCACACUACUUGGACCUUUUUAAGUUGUAUGAUCCAGUUGGAGGAGACCACUUCAACAUCUUUGCUGCAGGUUUAAAGACUGCUGAUCGAGUUGUUACUGUUAGUCAUGGAUAUGCUUGGGAGCUAAAAACUUCUGAAGGCGGUUGGGGUCUACAUGAAAUCAUAAAUGAGAAUGAUUGGAAACUACGUGGAAUUGUCAAUGGGAUUGAUACAGAGGAUUGGAGCCCUGAGUUAGACGUUCACCUGCAAUCUGAUGGGUAUGUUAAUUACUCCCUAGACACCCUGCAGUCGGGCAAACCCCAGUGCAAGGCAGCACUCCAAAAGGAGCUUGGCUUGCCUGUACGUGCCGAUGUUCCAUUGAUUGGUUUCAUUGGAAGACUCGAUCAACAAAAGGGUGUUGAUCUGAUAGCUGAAGCGGUCCCCUGGAUGAUGGGCCAGGAUGUGCAAUUGGUCAUGCUGGGCACAGGCAGGCCCGACCUUGAACAGAUGCUUAGGCAGUUCGAGGGACAGUACAAUGACAAAGUCAGAGGAUGGGUAGGUUUUUCUGUGAAGACAGCUCAUCGGAUAACCGCUGGUGCAGAUAUACUUCUGAUGCCAUCAAGGUUUGAGCCUUGUGGGUUGAAUCAGCUCUAUGCAAUGCGUUAUGGAACAAUUCCAGUUGUCCAUGCUGUGGGUGGACUAAGAGAUACCGUGCAGCCCUUUAACCCUUUUGAAGAAUCAGGCCUUGGAUGGACAUUUGCCAGAGCAGACGGGAAUGAACUGAUGCAUGCUCUUGGGAACUGCCUAUUGACUUAUCAUCAAUACAAAGAGAGUUGGGAGGGGCUCCAGAAACGAGGUAUGCUGCAGGACCUAAGUUGGGAUAGUGCUGCUCAAAAUUAUGAGGAAGUUCUUGUUGCUGCGAAGUAUCAGUGGUAAAAUGUGUUAGCACGCAUAAAUAGUCAACUAUCCUCUGUUCCCAUCUGCUUAAUGUGAGGCAUGGUGCUUUGAUCAAUAUGUGGAAGAUUAUGCAUUCUUACUUUUGGAUGACCGUGGGCGGGAGGUUACUUAGCUACUUGUGGUAUUCAGUACUUUGUCUUAGCUGGUCUUGACAAGUGGAAGAAUGUUAACUAGCAACAGUCACAAAAUGCCUCUAGGUAUUCUUGUGCGGACAUCCAAUCUCUUUGUAAGAUUAUCGUCACAGUUUAGUUUGACGCUUUGUGUUUUAGGUUAAGCAUCCACAAACAACUUUAUUGACUGCCUCCAUGUCUAGACAUCCUUGUCAUACUAUAAUAUGCCUAAAUAGACAGAUUCUUGCACAGUAGAAUAGGAUUAUCUUAGAAUAAUUUUCUGGCACAAAUAGCUUUAAAAUCUUAAACGACUCGUGGUGGUCACUGCUUCUUUUCUGUGG